AUGGUGGUCUCCACCACCUUUAGCUCCUAUUCCGGCAUUCUCCUUGUCCUACUUGGUGGGUUUGCCAUCGAUAAAGGUCCCCUCUUCCCCACCACGGCCACCAUGGGGCAGGUGUUUCUGGAGAGCCGCUCGAUCCCAAUGGAUGACAAGUGGGUCGGCAUUGGUGUGGCGGCACUCAUUGGAUACAUCCUGCUUUUCAACCUCCUCACUGUUGCCACGCUCGCUUAUCUUGAUCGUAAGCUUUCAACACCUUCUCUCCUUGUUUCAUCUCCUGCUCUCUUGCCUGCUCUCUUGCCUGCUCACUUGCCUGCUCACUUGCCUGGUCUCUUGCCUGCUCUCCUGCCUGCUCUCUUGCCUGCUCUCUUGCGUGCUCUCUUGCGUGCUCUCUUGCAUGCUCUCUUGCGUGCUCUCUUGCGUGCUCUCGUACCUGCUCUCGUGCCUGCCUCUCUUGCCUGCUCUUGUGCUUGCUCUCUUGCCUUCUCUCUUGCCUGCUCUCUUGCCUGCUCUCUUGCCUGCUCUCUUGCCUUCUCUCUUGCCUGCUCUCUUGCCUGCUCUCUUGCCUGCUCUCUUGCCUUCUCUCUUGCCUUCUCUCUAGCCUCUGCUCUCUUACCACUCACCCCAACGCACCGACUCAUCCUGAGCCCUUAA